AUGGAGAAGGAGAGUAACCUUCAAGUGACCUUCUCGAAGAGAAAAACUGGAGUGUUCAAGAAAUGCAGUGAACUAACCACUCUAUGCGGAGUCCAGAUGCUAACCAUGGUCUUCUCUCCGGGGAAGAAAGUAUUUACUUUCGGUCACCCAUCUGUAGAUGAGAUUAUAAACCGGAUUAUAGGUACUAAUGAUGCAUCCUCUUCAACGGGGCUUUCCCGUGAGACUCAACAACUAGUGGAGUCUCAUCAAUUGUCCAACGUGAAUGAUUUGAAUAAUCAAAUCAUGAAUGUUCAAGAGCAGCUGGAGGCCGCAAAACAGCGUGGAAAGGUGAUAGCUCAAACCUUACAAGUUGGGCGGGAACAAAGGUGGUGGGAGAGAUCUAUGAAAAAUAUGACAUAUGCACAACUUGAGAUGGUAAAAGGAUCAUUGGAGAAUAUGAAGGCCCUGGUGGACCAAAAGAUAUCUGAAGCUUCUAACGUGUUUGAUCAUACUAGCUCCAUUAAUGGUGGUGAAGGUAGUUUCAAUGGUAACAUCCCCGAAGUCGGCGCCAUUGGAGAUCAAAGCACUCGAGGUGUUAUGGGUGGCCCUGGUCCAAGUUCAAUGGGAUAG